CUCCGCGAAACCCCUCCUCAUCGCAAGCGCGUGAUUCCAUCACACGUCGUCGUUGCCUUCCCUCUGUCUGGUGUUUAUUGUUGCGUCUCCUAGAGGGCUGGAGCUGUAGGAGAACAGAACAGUCCAGUCCAACUCUCCUCGACAUUUCUCCUCUCAUCCUAACACCGGCGCCGUCCAGUUCUUGCCUGCAGCCGCUGCCUGGGGCGAGCCUCAGUGAGUUGGAGAAAUCAUGUUUCGCAGAAAGCAAACCUCUCAUUUCAAUUCAGAUGACGCUGACCAGAGACAAGCAAAGAUCAGUGAACUGAGAGAUGCACUUGGGCCUAUGUCUGCCCGUGGGGAGAAGUACUGCACUGAAGCAUGCUUGAUAAGAUAUCUAGAAGCCCGUAACUGGAAUGUUGGCAAAUCUAGAAAAAUGGUGGAAGAAAGUCUCAAGUGGAGGGCUGCUAGCAGGCCUGAAGAUAUUCGCUGGCCUGAGGUUUCUGUUGAAGCAGAAACAGGUAAAAUGUACAGGGCAAGUUUCACCGACAGAGAGGGGAGAAAUGUCGUCGUUAUGAGGCCUGCAAAACAGAAUACAUCAUCUCAUGAUGGGCAGUUGCGGUACCUAAUAUAUACCUUGGAGAAUGCAGUCUUCAGCCUGCCUGAAGGUUUAGAGAAAAUGGUGUGGUUGAUAGAUUUCACAGGAUGGACACUGGCCAAUGCCACCCCCAUAAAGACUGCCAGAGACAGUGCGAAUGUCCUUCAAAAUCAUUACCCGGAGAGGCUUUCAGUUGCAUUCUUGUUCAAUCCCCCCAAAGUAUUUGAGGCCUUUUUUAAGGUUAUCAAAGUAUUCCUUGACCCGAAAUCAAUCCAGAAAAUAAAUUUUGUGUACAAGGAUAAUGAGGAAAGCAUGAAGACAUUGUACAAGCACAUUGAUCCAGAAGUCCUUCCGGUAGAUUUUGGAGGGAAGAACGAUGUGGAGUACAACCAUGAGGAUUACUCUAGGUUGAUGAUGAAAGAUGACAUUAACACAGCAAGCUUCUGGGCAGAAGAUGGUAACCAGGUCAUGAACGGGCACUCUGCUCCUGAAUCGUCACUAGUUGCUGCUAAAGCAAGUUGAGGAGCACCGGUCAGCCAUGCCACCGCACACCAGCUGUUGCUAAAUCUAGUUGAGGAGCAUCACCCUGCACUAUGACGGCUCUCCCUAAAAUAAGUGAUUUUGUAACAAUCUCGUGUGGGAGAAUUCCACAAACGUAAUAGUAUUACCUGGAAUUUGUUUGAUGUCUUCCAUCUCAACUUUAUAAGGUACAAUUGCUAAUUGUAAUGUUGUUUCAGAAAUACUGUAUUAAUUUAAUCUCUUUCGAUCGUUUACCAAAAUUACACCACACACGAAUGUCA